AAAUGCUUAGAGAUCUUUUGAAAUAGGUGAAGCAUUUGUGACUUUGGAAUAAUAAUAAAGCCAGUAAUAACAGGACGAGAGCACAAUACCUUAACGGUCAUGCUUUGAAGCACACCCCUUUCUAAGAAACCCAACAGAACCACGCACUCGGGGAAACCUUACGCUUAUAACAUGGAUUCGCCUAAAAUAGUAUAUAAAUAUUACUCAAACCCGGCCUUUUGCGGGCAGAGCGAAGCUUACACCAAAUAUGUCAAGAGUCCGGACAGAAGAAUGUCCCCCCUAGGCGGGAAUUCGCCAAGAAAAGUCGAAUACAGCAACAGGAUCCUUAGGACAGACAUUUCUGAUAAUCCUUUAAGGAUAUCUCCAGCAGGCGCUUUGAGAAACAGGGAUGAGCCUCCAGAAUUGCCGCCGAAGCCGCAGAAGUUCCAAAAACAGUUCCACAGACAGUCUUCUUUGAUGUGCAAGCCUACACGAACUCCUGUCAGAUGUAGGACAAGGAGUGAAGACUUGGAAAUGGCACAAUUUAAAAUACAAAAGACUAAAUAUCAUAGGAACGCUGAAAGCGACGAUGGUUUGGAAGACAGCCGUGUUAAACAUAGGUACGAAGUUAUCAGAGACGAUUUUGAUGAUCUAGCAGACUAUUCUCCAACAAAAAAGAGGAUAAUAGAAGCGAAUGCCAACGAAAUAGAAGAAUAUAACGUCGACGCGCCAGAUGAACACGAAUUGAAAGAAAUACCAACUGAAAUAGUAAAGACUGUAAAUGGAAGGACACAUAGAUACGCAAUAGUACCUUCAGAUGAUGACGAACCAGUUAAAAAACACAGUGUUACCAUAUCAAGCCCAGUAAUGACUAAGAAAAAUAUAAUUGCGACACAGAAACUACAUGAACUGCUAUCUACGCCUAGGAAAUUAAAGAGCUAUGCCAGUCAACCGUCUGUAAGGAUAACUCCUAAUAAGGCUACAAGUCCUAAUCGCUAUACGGGGACCCCUCAAAGAAUUAUGCAUAGUACACCUACUCAUGGGGUUACACCAUCAAAAUCAUGUGCUAACUUGACGUCACCAAGAAAUGCUACGUCUCCUAUAUCGCCUAAAGCUCAACAGAAGCUACAUUACGGGACUCCGGAAGAGUUUGAGAGGCAUGAUGUGUUUGUGACUAGUUUUAGGGAGAAGAGUCGGGAGCGGAGUUUUGAUAUGGACAGGAGAGAAAUGAGCAGAGAGAGUAGGAGGGAUUAUGAAAGAAGGAGUCCAAAGAAGGAGAAGAAGAGUACAGCGAUUAUUGUACCCAGGGUAGCAGCACCACCAUCAGUGUACUCCGAGGAGACAUACAAGUCCUUCAACAGCACGAAGACCAUGAGCGCUGCUGCCGCGUCACUCACUAUAGCGGCCUUGAUGCUCACUCUGAGCGGCGGACUCACUACUGGACUCAGCUUUUAUAUGAUGUAUACGGUAAGGAUCAAUAAACACACACAUAGAUACAAUCCAUAUAAAAUCAUGAGCGCUGCGGCCGCGUCACUCACUAUAGCGGCCUUGAUGCUCACUCUGAGCGGCGGACUCACUACUGGACUCAGCUUUUAUAUGAUGUAUACGCUUGGCCGACGGUACUAUCUGGACUUUGGGGUGCUCGCGGGCUUCACCUGUUUCCUGUUGGGGCUCUUAGGGCUGCGCUCGCGCCGUCACCAGCUGCUGCCGAACAGGAACUACAUCUCAGGAUACAUCGUUCUCUCCUCGUUCUCUCUCCUCAGCGCCUUCGGUCUCCUCUUACUCCUCUCCAUCCAGCCCACGCCCGGGACGCCGCUCAGCGACAUAACCUCAGGCGCCGUGUGCGCCGUGUCAGCUUUAUCGCUGUUCGUGGCGACUUUAGGAGUUUUAGCGUCGUACUGCUGCGCAAGAGAUCCGCCGGAUAACAGAGUAGGGACAGUGAGAUGGUAUUAG